GGCUCUAAGGGAGCCUGGGGUGGGAAGGGUGGGAGAUCUAGGCAGGGAGAGAGAGAAGGGCUGCGUGGCACAUAAGGCAGCUGCUCAUGGGGGUGUGGGGCUAGGCCGAGAGGUGCACUUUGAUCUCCCACCACUAGCCUUUUCACCCCAUAGAACGAUGCUCUGUGCUGUUCACACAUCCCAGAUUUCUCAGAUAAAGGAGUGUCCUCCCUCUGCUCAGCAAAGCCAAGAGCUCCCAUGGAUCUCUUGAAUUCCAUUUCAAUUCUGGUCCAAUUCUCCUGAUUUGCACUCAGGAGUACAGGGCAGAGAAAGUGCAUCUCUGAAGCUGCCUACUGAGUCAGACCUUUGGACUACCUAGCUCAGUAUUGUGUGCUCUGACUGGCAGCAGCUCUCCAGGUUGGUAGGAAGAGGUCUUUUUUCCCUUGCCGCUGCCAGGGAUUGAAGAUGGGGCUUCCUGCAUGCAGAAAACUCCUGAAAGGGAGGGAUAAAGUAGAUGGAGAACAUCCACAAGGUGGAAUUUCAGUGUCACAGAGUCAGACCUCCACCCUUUGGAAGGGACUGUGUUGGAGGCUGUUUUGGAGAAGAUUAAAGAUGGAAAAGGGAGACUCGGCUGGCCAUGAAGCAGGAAAAGGCCCUGAGGCCAUCCAGCCUGGGAGGACUGGGGAAUUCUGGGAAAGGACGGGGCAGCAGAUCCAGGAAGAGGACACCAGCAGCUCAGAUGCACAGUGCCAGCGUUUCAGGCAGUUCUGCUACCAGGAGACUGAAGGGCCCCGAGAGGUUUGCAGCCAAGUCUACCACCUUUGCUGUCAGUGGCUGAAGCCAGAGAGGCACACCAAAGCUCAGAUGCUGGACCUGGUGAUCCUGGAGAAGUUCCUGACUGUCCUGCCCCCGGAGAUGGAGAGCUGGGUCAGAGUAUGCGGAGUGGAGACCAGUUCCCAGGCGGUGUCCCUGGCAGAAGGUUUCCUCCUGAGCCAGGCAGAGGAGAAGCAGCAGGAAGAACAGCAGACACAAGGACUGUUGUCAGAAUCUGUCAUCGAUUUCCACGAGGCAGAGAAGGACCCAUCGGACACUAGGCAGAGGCUGUUGUCCAAGGGGUUGUCGCAGGAGUGGGGCAGAGGUGCCCCUUUGCUGGGAGCUGGCAUGACUCUGCCUCUGCAUUCUCAGCCAUUUCUUCCUUCGGGUGGAGUGGAAGGCGCUUCAGGACGACCAGACCAGGGCCAGGUGACCUUUGAGGACGUGGCCGUGCAUUUCACAGAGGAGGAGUGGGCUCUGCUGGAUUGUGGCGAAAAGACUCUGCACAGGGAAGUCAUGGAAGAGAAUGGCUGGAAUGUGGCCUCUCUGGCAGGUGACAGCUGGGGGAGGAAGAAGGAGGAAACACCCAGUGGAGGAUUGUUGGGAGGUGCCAGAUGUAAAAAGAGGGAACAGAGAAAGACAACUGAAGCAAAAUGGAAGAACAGCAUUGGACCACCUGCUUCUCAGCAUGGUGAUGUCCAUAAAAAUGGAAUGGAAAAAACAAUGCAGAAAAAACCAGAAAGAAGUCUGCAGCCUCUGAAUAGGAAAAGCUUCAGUUCUGAACCAAGCUUGCAGCUUCAGUGGAAAGAACACACAGAAGAGAAAUCAUAUACAUUUUUGGAAUGCGGAAGGAGCUUCAAUGAGAACGAAAAGCAUAAUACACAUCAAAGAACCCACACAGAAGAUAAACCAUAUAAAUGUUUGGUAUGUGCAAAGAACUUCAGCCGGAAGGGAGCUCUUAUUGUACAUCAUAGAAGUCACACAGGAGAGAAACCAUAUACAUGCUUGGAGUGUGGAAAGAGCUUCAGACAGAAGGGAAAUCUUAAUGUGCAUCAUAGAAUCCACACAGGAGAGAAACCACAUAAAUGCUUGGAGUGUGGAAAGAGCUUCAGUCUGAAGGGAAAUCUUGCUUUACAUAAUAGAACCCACACAGGAGAGAAACCAUAUACAUGCUGGGAGUGUGGAAAGAGCUUCAGACAGAAUGAAAAACUUUCUGUACAUCAAAGAACGCACACAGGAGAGAAACCAUAUAAAUGCUUGGAGUGUGGAAAGUGCUUCAGCAAGAAUGGAAUGCUUACUGUGCAUCAACGAACCCACACAGGAGAGAAACCAUAUAAAUGCUUGGAGUGUGGAAGGAGCUUUAAUGAGAAUGGAAAGCUUACUGUGCAUCAACGAACUCACACAGGAGAGAAACCAUAUAGAUGCUUGGAGUGUGGCAAGAGUUUCAGCCAGAAGGGAGCUCUUACUUUACAUUGUAGAAUCCAUACUGGGGAAAAGCCAUAUAAAUGCUUGGAGUGUGGAAAGCGCUUCAGCGAGAAUGGAAAGCUUACUAGGCAUCAAAGAACCCACACAGAUGAGAAAUCAUAUACAUGCUUGGAGUGCGGAAGGAGUUUCAGACAUAAGGGAAAUCUUACUAGGCAUCAAAGAACCCAUACUGGAGAGAAACCAUAUAAAUGCUUGGAGUGUGGAAGAAGCUUCAGCGAGAAUGGAAUGCUUACUGUGCAUCAAAGAACCCAUACUGGAGAGAAACCAUAUAAAUGUUUGGAGUGUGGAAAGAGCUUCAGUGAAAGUGGAAAGCUUACUAGGCAUCAAAGAAUCCACACAGGAGAGAAACUAUAUAAAUGUUUGGAGUGUGGAAAAAGCUUCAGUGAAAGUGGAACGCUUACUGUGCAUCAAAGAACCCACACAGGGGAGAAACCAUAUAAAUGUCUGGUGUGUGGAAAGAGCUUCAGUGUGAAUGCAACACUUACUAUACAUAAAAGAGCCCACACAGGAGAGAAACCGUAUAAAUGCUUGGAGUGUGGAAAGAGCUUCAGUAGGAAUAGUAUGCUUACUAAGCAUCAAAGAACCCAUACUGGAGAGAAACCAUAUAAAUGCUUGGAGUGUGGAAAAAGCUUCAGCAGCAAUGCAUACCUUACUGUGCAUCGAAGAACACACACCGGAGAGAAACCAUAUAAAUGCUUGGAGUGUGGAAAAAGCUUCAGCGAGAAUGCAAUACUUACUAGGCAUCAAAGAACCCAUACAGGAGAGAAACCAUAUAAAUGCUUGGAGUGUGGAAAGAGCUUCAUCGGGAAUAGAAUGCUUACUGUGCAUCAAAGAACCCACACAGGAGAGAAACCAUAUAAAUGUUUGGAGUGUGGAAAGAGCUUCAGUGAAAGUGGAAAGCUUACUAGGCAUCAUAAAAUCCACACAGGAGAGAAACCAUAUAAAUGCUUGGAAUGUGGAAAGAGCUUCAAUGAAAGUGGAAAGCUUACUAGGCAUCAAAGAAUCCACACUGGUGUGAAACCAUAUAAAUAUUUGGAGUGUGGAAAAAGCUUCAGCGGCAAUGCAUGCCUUACUGUGCAUCGAAGAACCCACACAGGAGAGAAACCACACCAUGCAUAAUUGUGUAGACCUCUAUCAUGCCUCCCCUCAGUCGUCAUUUUUCUAAACGAAAAAGCCUCAGGUGGUGCAGCCUUGCCUCUAGGUGCUCUAGGCCCCUGAUCAUCUUGAUUGCCUUCUUCUGCAAGUUUUCCAGUUCUACAAUGUCCUUCUUAAGAUCUGGUGACCGGAAAUGAACACAGUACUCCAAAUGUGGCUGCACCAUAGUUUUGUAUAAGGGCCUCAUAAUAUUAGCAGUUUUAUUUUCAAUCCCCUUUCUGAUAAUUCCAAGCAUGGAAUUUGCCUUUUUCACAGCUGCUGCACAUUGAACCAAGACUUUCAAUGAGCUGUCCACCACAACCCCAAGAUCCCUCUCCUGACAGCCUGAUCUCAUAAGAGUAUAUGUGAAGUUGGGUUUUUUUGCCCCAGUGUGCACCAUUUUACACUUUAUUUUAUUCAUUCUUUAAUUCAUUCAUUCAUUCAUUCAAUUUUUAUACCACCCUUCCAAAAAGGCUCAGGGCACUUGCUAACAUUGAACCGCAUUUGCCAUUUUGUUGCCCACUCCCCCAGUUUGGAGAGCUCCUUUUCACAAUAACUCUUUGCAAUCUCUUUUGGUAUUCACUAUCUUAAUUAGUUGGGUGUCAUCUGCAAAUUUGGCCACCUCAUUGCUUACCCCAACUUCUGAACCAUUUAUCAAUAAAUUAAGAAGCACUGCUCCCAGUACAGAUCCCUGGGGAACCCCACCACCUACCUAUCUCCAUUUAGAGAACUUUCCCUUUAUAAUCUCUGCUCUGCUUCCUGUCCUGCAAUCAGUUACCAAUCCACACAUGAAACUGUCCCCUUAUCCCAUGACUGCUAAGUUUUCUCAAAGAGUCUAUGAUGAGGAACUUUGUUGAAAGCUUUUUGAAAGUCCAGGUAUACUGUGUCCACUGGAUAGCCUUUAUCCACACACCUGUUGACACUCUCAAAGAACUCCAAAAGGUUGGCGAGGCAAGACGUACCACUGCAGAAGCCCAAUUGGCUGAUGGAAGAGGAAUCUGUCACAUAGUACUCCUAUGUUAUCAUUAUGCUCCUCUUCAUAAUGAAGGGGAAAGAAGAACCAAGGAAGUGCUGGAAAGAUUUAAAAUCAUGAUGCAACUUCAGGUUGAGCUCCUCCAAAAGCUGUUGUGAUCCAAACGUUUCCUGCAAAUGUUUUUAGUUUCUCUUUCAGUAUUUUCUGCUUAGUUAAAAUAGGAGUAAAUGUGAGGCCAGAGUCCCCAUAAUAAAUGAAUACAUCAACUUCUUUCCCUAAAACAGAGGAAUGAAAGAUGGAUGACAGAGUCCUUGUUAUAGAUAAUGUUACGAGCACAUGUGCCAUAACCUUAGGCUUAAAGGUAGCAACUCAGAAGCAUGUGGAAUUCAGGCCUGUGUCUGAUUUCAUUUUCUAUUAAGAAAUGAAUUAAGGCCUGGACUGAAGGUGAACUGACACCCAGGUCAACUGCUCUGUGAAGGAGGAGGCAAUCCAGCAUUGUAUUGUGAAAUGGGUACUCAAGGCCAGGCCUGAGCUAAUCAAUAUGCUAAAAUGUGACUCACUACCAGAUAAUGUCUGAGGAAGAGGCCAGAGGCUGAUCUCCCCUCUCCUGUUGCAAGAAAUCUAUGUUAAUCUUUGUCAGUGAUGGCUCUGCUAUGCCCAAAGGGGAUUACUCAGUUGCUGUCUAUAGAAAUUCCACCCUAGGAGAACACCUGUAGAUUUAGUCCUUCUACUAACACUUUAACACCUUUUGGGGUCAGACUGGCAAAUCGGGGAAGAUGCAAUUUGUAGCUCUGAGAUGCAGAUGUGCUUUGGGCAAUGUUCCCCCUCCCUUCUAAGUGCACAGUUUACAGAAGAUGAGAUUCAGAUCUCUCUGGCCUGGCCAAUAUCCUGAAUAAUUAAAAGACAUUGUCCAGAAGGUAACAGCAUUGUCACCCCUUUUUGGGGACCCAGGAAAAGAGGAGAUUUGAAUAGAUUCUAUGAGAGAUCAAAGGAAAAUACACUAUAAAGAAUGAGGCUACUGGACAGAGAGUUAGCAGUCUUUUGCCUAUGGGCAUCUUGUGUCUACAUUCAAGAUCUGCUCACAAGCGAUCCCAGAGUUUGCUGCUAAGCCGCGGGGCAACAAGCAGGAACUCUGUCCAUGGACAGGAGCUGUCUGUGGCUUCUACUGCGCAGUGAGAAGUCAAGACUUCCCCAGCCAUGGUGCUCUGACUCUCAGCCGUGAUCUGAGCAACUUCAACAACUCCUGUCUCCAGCCAGAGGCCUCGCUCCUUCAGCUGAAAGAUCCUGCGUUUUCAAGUCUCUCUGAUCCUGGUAAUAUGCCUCUACAAGCCUUGGGGUCUCUCCAUCUUUCCUCCUCCUUCUCCUUCCCCCCCUUUUCCCCCUCUACUAACUCCUGAUCCCCCCCCCCAACCAUGCCAGCCCUCAGCCUUCCUCCCCACCUUUUCCAUCUGUAUCUGAAUUAUAUUAGGCUCUAGGAAGAUUUAAUACACACACAUAUGGUAGUUAGGAACACUGGUUGAAUAUUGGUGCUGGCUAGGAUGUUCUGUUUUAAAUGCUGUAAGUAAUAUAUUGAUAAGAGUGUUCUGCUUUCUGCUCAGCGUGAUUGAUGUUGUUAUUCUUUUAUACUCAAUAAAGCCCAUUGAAUCCUUUUA